ACGAAUAGUUUUAUCGUUGCUAUGGAUGGAUGAUUUCGAAAAUUAUUCGUACGUAAAGAGAAAAGGAUUUUAUUCUCGGAUGCAUUAAACUAUCUUCGAAAGUUCGGUUUACGUUUCACGAUAUACGAAACGUUUAAAACUUUUUCGAACGAUCGAAUAGCGAUCAACUUUUUCCUUUCUUUCUUCGACAAUUUUCGAAGAUACUUAUGAAAGUAUAUAAGUAUAUGCUUAUGAGUUUGUAUAUGUAUAUGUAAAGAUGCGAUCUUGAUAUCGAAUCUGAGUAUCAAUCUGAGCACGAUCUCCCUUUUUGAAUCGCUGCAUUGUGCGACGCGACGACGAUCAGCUCAGUGUAAAUAAGGCACGAUCCACGCCUACGUGUGUAUAACUUACCGUAUUACUCUUUAUUUCAAUCAAAUCAUUUCACAAUCUUCAAUAAAAAAUAAAUACAGUUUAAACGUGUUUUCUUGAAUUUGUGGAUAAAAAUUGUGAUACGUGAACGAAUAAUCUAAGUGAGAAUAUUUUUCAACAAUUGUUUUCCAUGUUAUUGCAAUUUAAAAUAGAAGACGAACUUCGUUCUUAAUAUCACUCAGUGAGAUCGCGUUACAAACAAUAUUAUAAAUAUUAAUUAAAUAAAAUAUAGUAUCAUUGUCUAUGCUGGUUAAUAACAACGAUCCAUAUUUCCUGACAUUUUACCUGCAAAAUUCUUUCUUCUAUUUAUAUUUCGUUUCUCUCGACGAUACUGAAAUCUAUUACCGAACAUGGUAAAUAAAAGUGAUCUCGUUGGAGAGAUCGCGUUCGACUCGUUUAUGUACGUAUACGUGCGUGCCAAUGCUGAAAUUUUAGAGGUGUAAUUAUGCACGUGCACGUGCAGCAAUGUCAAUAUUCGUGGCAUAGUUGAUCACACAAUUUCGAGUUAGUGAUUUUCAAAUUACCGACCAGAUAAUUAAAUCGAGUUAAAUCGUUUAAUAUGGCAUAUUCUUUGUCACAAAUUUUAACUACCUUUCGCGCGAUAAACACCUUUCACGAAAACUUUUUCUAGUUUGAGAGUGUAGAGGUGUAAAUUUUUGGAAAAAAAUUGGAAAAAAAACGAACGAAAUUUUCUUAACAAAAAGAAAAGUUUGGAACUUUAAGUGUAACUUUAAGUUGAAAAUUGCUGGAUCGAAUGUACAUUAUACAAAUUUUGUAAAAACUCUUUGACGAAAGUUAAUGUGAUCUUCCAGGAUUAUGUUCCAAGACUUUUACUAAUUUUUUCUUUUCUCAAAAUUGAAUUUCUUUUGGUUAUUAUCUAGUACAAUAAAAUAAGAAUAAAGAAGAAGAUUGAAAGAACGAGUAUUACCAUUAACGAAUAAGCUAGACAUUUGAGAAAUGUGCAAAAUCUAUAUGUGCAACUCGGAACGUCCAUGCAAAGCGUGUACAAAAUUCUAAAAAUCAAAUUCUUAGAAUAAGGAUUAUUCGUUCAUUUAUAUCGUGAACGAUCAUCGACACAAUUAUACAUCCUUGGCACGUUUAAUUCGAAGUAUUAAAAAGAGGGGGCGAAAUUCAAAUGGAAAGGAAACGAAACAAGAAGAAAUCUCCUCUAUCUAUAUAAAACGUAAUUCGAAGAAUAAUGAACGCGAAGCAGGCCGCACAGCUGGACCGUGACGAUAGCAUUAAAUUCAUCCGAUCCACCCUCUCCUCGACAAUUACUCGUCUCAAUGACAAUUACUUUCCACGGACGGUGUUCAAUUCACCGAAACGCGCAUACACGCUCGCCGCCUGCCUAACCACGAGCCACCCCCAUUUCCCUAUUUCUGGGACCGCAUCUCCAAACCUUUCUCCCCAAAAAACGCUCUGCCCGAUAAUCCGAGCAUUCAAUAAUCGUACACAAUAGUCCGAUAGAUCUGGUUCCGUUGUCGUCCGUCGUCGAUGAGGGAAAAAAAAAAAAAACAGGAGAAGAAGAAGGAUUUUCCAAACUUUUCGAAAAGAUUUUUUCGAAAAUCGUGCGCGUUCCAAUAUGCUUGCACAGUUUUGCAGUGGAGUUGCAUACACAGAGAGAGAGAGAGGUAUCUGUAUUAGAACGGGGGCGGUUGGGGGAGGGUCGAUGGGGGUGGUUACCGGGAUUUUCAGUACGCGCGCGAUCGCCGUGCCGAAAACACGGCCACAGCGACGUGUUCCGUUCGCGCGACUUCUCGGGGGACGGGGACGUUUCGCCUGUCCUCCUCCAUCAUUCGAACUCGAAUCGGCGAAAAUAAGGGGAAGUAAAGUAAAGUAAGCUCGCUUUGAAGCAGGCGGUGAGAUAGAAAUUAACAGAGAUCGGAACGUACGGUGAUGGAUCUCGUUUUCGGAUUCGCGCUUGGUGGUGGUGAAUCUCACGCGAGUUGAACGACUAUCGGUAAUCAAAAUCGUGGUGAACGAUAAUAUUUAUUUUGUACGUAAAACGUAUAUAAAAUAAACGAUCGUGGACAAUCGUGAUAUCGGGAAGGGGGAAUAAUAGUGGAAAAAGAUUAGCGGAAGUGGCGAAGGAGCAAAUGAUCCAAGGAUCGUUAUUUUCAUUAUCGUAUUGGUGGAUCUAUCGAAGAUUCGAUGCCGUUCGAAAACGAGACAGAACGAAGUAAGAACGAAGUGACGAUGAACGAACGUUAUCUUAUAAUGUCGAGCGCAAUCGACGAUUCCCGAUCGUAAAUAAUCGGCGAGCGACGGAAGAUUUGUCCCGGAAGAUUAGCUCCUCUCUCUCUCCCUCUCUCUCUCUCGUCUUUUCCAAACGACGAUGCCCGGUUGAAGAGAAUAUCCGCGAAGAGAAGCCGAGAGGCGGGGGAGAAGCUGUGAAUUAGAAUGCCGACGAUUCAUCGACUCGUGAGAAUGCUUCGAUUCGGACCCGGCUCGUGAGAUACAAACAGGAUUGGCCAACUUGAGAGUCGGUUUGAUGCGUUGAAAAGCUGCCUUGGCUAUAUACGUAAACAAGAGAAGGGCAAAAAAAGAUAUAGAUCUUCUCGAAAACGGCAGACAUUCUUCGAUCAAUCCAGGAGAGCGCACGAUGGACGGAAAUGCGGAAAUCGCUGAGCGGAAGUCAUCGUCAAUGGAGCGGGGGUAAAGCGCCAUGGCGAAUCAAACGGCCAAUUACUAUGGGGACGUUUAUCAAUGGAAUCACACGGUGUCGUCGGUCGAGCGAGAUACGCGGACGGAAUAUUACCUGCCGAAUUGGACGGAUCUCGUUUUGGCGGGGCUGUUCACCAUGUUGAUCAUCGUCACUAUAGUGGGCAACACUUUGGUAAUUGCCGCUGUGAUAACAACUAGGCGUCUACGGUCCGUUACUAAUUGUUUCGUGUCCAGCUUGGCCGCUGCGGAUUUGCUGGUUGGUUUGGCCGUGAUGCCACCAGCAGUGCUGUUACAGCUCACAGGUGGUACCUGGGAGUUGGGCCCGAUGCUCUGCGACUCGUGGGUCUCCCUCGACAUUCUUCUCUGUACUGCCAGCAUACUAUCGUUAUGCGCCAUAUCCAUAGACAGGUAUCUAGCUGUAACUCAACCGUUGAUAUACAGCCGGAGGCGACGUAGCAAGAGAUUGGCCGGUCUAAUGAUCGUCGCAGUAUGGGUGUUAGCCGGCGCCAUCACCAGUCCACCUUUGCUAGGAUGCUUUCCACGUGCGACGAAUCGCGACAUUAAAAAAUGCUCGUAUAAUAUGGACUCCUCGUACGUGAUAUUUUCCGCGAUGGGUUCGUUUUUCCUACCGAUGCUGGUGAUGCUUUACGUUUACGGGAGGAUAUCUUGCGUGAUCGCCAGCCGCCAUAGAAAUCUCGAAGCAACCGAGAGUGAAAAUGUUCGACCACGGCGCAAUGUCUUGAUCGAACGCGCGAAAAGUAUCAGAGCGCGAAAAACGGAAUGCGUGACCAACAGUGUGACAUGCGACAGGCCAUCCGACGAGGCAGAACCUUCUAGCACGAGCAAAAAGUCCGGAAUCGUUCGCAGUCAUCAGCAGAGUUGUAUCAACAGAGUCGCUCGAGAAACAAAAACAGCUGGCACUUUGGCGGUGGUCGUAGGUGGAUUCGUGGCCUGUUGGUUACCAUUCUUCAUCCUUUAUUUGGCCACUCCUUUUGUGCCUGUCGAACCACCCGAUAUCUUGAUGCCUGCGCUAACUUGGCUAGGGUGGAUUAAUUCGGCUAUAAAUCCAUUUAUCUACGCCUUCUAUUCGGCCGACUUUAGGCUUGCGUUCUGGCGAUUGACCUGUCGAAAAUGUUUCAAAAGUAGAACCAAUUUGGAUCCCAGUAACCGGAAAUUACCAGCAUCGGCUAAUUGGAAAAAAGACACAACGAGAACGUGAAGAUAGGGGAAUGAACGUUGAUACAAUCACCCCUUAGGUCGUGAUGAUAACGAGGAUCACUGUGAUUUAUUUAAGCGCGAUUCACAUCGAUCAUAUUCACCUAAUUUAUACAAAGCGUACAUUCUCGCAUUCAAACUAAAUGAAUUUUUUUAAUAAUUUAAGAAACAGAUAAAUAACAGGUGUAUGUAAAAUGCGAAUAUCUUUAUUAUUCGGGAGAUCGUACCAAACGUUAUAAAUGCAAAAUGAUACAUAUUAUUGCGAAUAUAAUUAAUAUAGAAAAUUUUUAUAUAACAGAAUCUAAUAGAAUAUAAUUUAGAGAUAGAUAAAAUGAAAAGAAUUAUUUUUUAUUUCUUUAUUCGAUUCUCCUUUUAUACAAAACAAUAAGAAAUUACUAUUUUAAUAUUGAAACCGAAUAUAAUAAUAAUCAUCAUCCGAAUGAUACAUUUAUUCGCAAAAAUUCAAGCACUUUACUCGAACAAUCGUGCAUACACACGCACAACGACUGCACAAUGUAAAAUCGAAUAAAAAAAGCAGACAAAAGGAAAAUUUAUUUAUUUAAAUAAUGACAACACUUGAAGUUUGUUUACAAUUGGUUAUAUCGAAACGAUGCAUACGUAAAAUAAAAUUCGUAGAAUCCAACAAACAAUAAGUAAUAACCGUAGGAAAUAGUCUUCCUUUUAUCAUUACAGUAUAUCUUGUCUUGUAUUUAUCGACGCAUAGAUAUCUGUAAAUGUAGAAAGUAUGCAAGUAUACGGAUUUUAUAACGUC